ACCAGGGUGCCACAGCCGGGCGCUGGAAGCCAGAAGAUCCAAAUGCAAGCCCAUGGUCUGCACAAAGACUAAACAAACCAAAGAAAACCGUCAGGGAGACAGUUUGUUCCCAGCUGGGCGUGGAAAAAUCCGCAGAGGAGGGAGGUGAGUAUGAACUUGGUGUUUGCAGGAAAGCACCCUUCUAAAGGCAGGUUGUCCAUACAGCUGCAGCCAACAAAGGGCCUCACCACCUAGUCCAGCUCCAGUCACACGGAGCCCAUGGCCUUUGAAACUGUCAGUCAGUGAGGCAGGCUAAUAGUUCCCAUUUUUCUUUAGUUUACAAAACAAACAAAAACAAAAACUGCUAAAAUGAUCUCAUGAUCCACGAGGACAAGCCGCUGCAGUUUGCACUCCGUGCCACUCCAAGAGGCAGCUCAGCCCCCUGGGGACAAAGCUGAGCUACAGGGUGGGUGGUGGGGACAUAAGGAGGUCAGGACAGUAGGUGGGCACUGCCUGCUCAGAGUCAGCUGAGGUGGAAGUUUGUAUUGUCUCCAAAUGGUCAGAGCAGUAUUUCUGAUUCCCUGUGUCUUCCAGAACCUUCUGCUCCCGUCAAGACAUUCCCUGUCUGUGCCCCUUCUGCUUGAACCUGGGCAAGCUUGUGGCUGCUCUGGCCAAUGGACUGUGGCAGGUUGCUGCCAUGUGACUUCCAAGGCUGGGUCUUAAGUAGGAUUCACCUCUUUCCGAAGGCUCCCCUGCAACCCGGGCACUCUGUGUGAGAAAGCCCAGGCCAUUUGAGGGGCCACUUGAGUGUUUUCUGGCCCACAAUAGCCAAUGAACGAGAGAUAAGGUCUCAGCCAGUAGCCAGGCAUCAGAGCCUGCCUUUGAGCCACCCCCAGGGGGUAAUACGUGGAACCAAGGUGGGCUGUCCCCACCGAGUCCCAGCCAAGUUGCAGAUUCAUGGGCAAAACAGAUGUCACGUAUUUCAUUUGGGGGCAAGCUGUCACACAGCCAUAGUAACUGUAACAGUAUUGGUGUUCAUUAAUUAUCCCCAUUUGACAUAUGAAUAAAUGGAUACAGACGGAGUCUUGUCAAGGGCAUCCUAGCUGGUAAACAGCAGGUGAUCUGACUCCAGAGGCCAGUGCUUAUUUUUAACUUUUCAUUGAAAACAUUUUCAUGGGGGGCUUCCCUGGUGGCGCAGUGGUUGAGAGUCCGCCUGCCGAUGCAGGGGACACGGGUUCGUGCCCCGGUCUGGGAGGAUCCCACAUGCUGCAGAGCGGCUGGGCCCGUGAGCCAUGGCCGCCGAGCCUGCGCGUCCAGAGCCUGUGCUCCGCAACGGGAGAGGCCACAGCAGUGAGAGGUCCGCGUACAGCAAAAAAAAAAAACCCCAAAAAACAUUUUCAUGUAAAUCAACUAUACUUCAAUUAAAAAAUAAAAUUAAAUAAAAAAGGAAAAAAUCCAUUUUCAAACAGAAGUAGAGAGAAUAGCACAGUUAACAUACAUGAACCGUCAUCCAGAUUCAGCGAUUACCAACUCGUGGCUGAUCCUGAUUUUUCUGUACUUUCAAUGCCUCCCUCCCUUGCUGGGUUGUUUUGAAGCAAAUCCUAUAUAUAUUAUGUCAUUUCAUUUGUAAAUACUUCACUGUUUAUCUCUAAAAGAGAGUCUAGUCUUCUUAAGCACUGUGUUAUCCUAACAUCCAGGCCUCCAUCGAGUUGCUGCUGUGGUCUGAGGCAGUUUACCUGGAUGAGCAGGUACGUGGGUGUUAGGAAGAGCCAGGUAUUAGACAUAGGUCAGUGAGUUUGUAUGUAUUAACAUUUGGUCUUUGAUUUUACAGGAGACUCAGAUGCCAUUUAUCUGGAUUUCCGAGAUGCACAGCUUGAUGCUGAAUAAAAGUAUCUCAAGCCAUCCAUGUGAAGAAAAAGCUCUUUUCUAAAAAUCUGAACUCAAAUAUGAAAAGCACAGGUCGCUGUGGGUCUUAUUGGGAGCCCAGAGAGCUGGCAGCAAGGCCUCCCUGAACUAUGCAUCUCUGCAGUGCACACUGAUAAACCAUGCUGUGCUGUUGAUUUGUGACAGAUGAAUAUCCUGUCUCAUUAUCCUGAGCUAACUCUCCUAUUUUUGCCCUUUUUGUUGAAAGGAAUUAUUGUUAAUGCAUUUAUUUAAUUCGGGACUCCCAGCCAGACUUCUAAAGCAAAAAGCCAGUCAGCGUGAGGCACCUAGCGUAUUGGGUCUGCAAAGUAAGUGUUAAAUAAUUAUCAUUACUCCAUGGUGCUACCCAGCUGUGCUGUCUCACCUGCCAAAACCCCUCCGGGAGGACCCCACCUUAGGGGAGAAGACCCUUAUCAGGCCAGAGGUUUCUGACACAGAGGCUCAGGCUCUUGUCUGCCCAGGCACAGUGACACCACCAGACCUCACAAAGGCCUCAGGGCUGCUAUAAAUAAAUCAUGGCUCUGUGCAAUACAGUCCCUCAAAAGGGCUGUUCCUUUCCAGGACCGAUCAGGGCUUGGGUGGGCAAACAGGAAGCCCCCCAGGCUCGUCGCUGUGGCUCUCACAUGCAUGCCCCUGUGUGGGUGCCUGAGCCUAAGCAAGCCCAGCUACGGAGGCACCUUUGUCUCCCACCUGAGCCUUGUUUCAUCAUUCACACCCUGCUCCCAAGGAAGCUCUCCAGGGAGAGAAGAUUCUUCUCCAUCCCCAACCUGAUGGAAAAACAUGACCUCUUGCAAAACCACUAUUUAAAAAGAUGCUAAAGUUGAGAGUGUAGAAAAAAGACAACAAAUGGUGUGUAAGGACAGCACUUUGCAUGUAGGUAAUUGGGUGGUAGGAGGGAUCGCAAAUUCGCUUUGGAAAUCUUAAAGUGGUUAGCAGUUUUCAGAGCAAGAGCUUAGGAAAGGAACCCGAUGACUUUUUUUUUUUUCCUGCAGUGCGUGUCUGGAAACCUCUGGCAAAGUUUUCUAGUUUUUCCUCAUCACAAGGACAAGACCUCUUCAGACAGACCAGUUAGUUUUUCCGAAGGGGAGACUUGCUGAUUUCAAAACUUUGGACCCAGCUGGAACAUGUUCUCUUCCCUACUUUUGUUUCUUCUGAGGGUUUGUGGAAACACAGCUAUCUUCCAGCCUCAGGACCCGUACGCACGUACAGUAAGUAAGAAGUGGAUGGAAACAGUUCCUCUCACCUCCAUGGAGCUUAAGUUCUAGUGGGGAAGACCCGCAAUAAACAAGACACGUCCCGCAACGAACGCGUUCACGGGCGUCGUGGAAAUCUAGCUUGUGCAUGACGCCCAGCUGCGGCCCAAACCCAGUGACUCAGCCCAGCGCGUUGCUAGGGACGCGCUCCCGCCGUUGCCAGGCCGUGACCCCUCGGGCGGACUCUCGCGAGGGUCCUCGAGACUUCGCGCGGAACCUAGCAGCGGUUGCCUGGAGACCGCGCAGCCCAGGUUGGGCUGGCGCGUUGGUCGGCGGGUCGCGGCCGCCGGGACUCCGGAGCCAUGGCGCCCAAAAAGAAAGGGAAGAAAGGGAAAGCCAAAGGUACCCCGAUUGUUGAUGGUCUCGCUCCGGAGGACAUGAGCAAGGAACAGGUGGUGGAACACAUUGGCCGCAUCCGGGAGGAGCUGGACCGUGAGCGGGUCGAGCGCAACUACUUCCAGCUGGAGCGGGACAGGAUCUACACUUUCUGGGAGAUCACGCGGAGGCAGCUGGAGGAGAAGAAGGCUGAGCUGAGGAACAAAGACCGGGAGAUGGAGGAGGCCGAGGAGAGGCACCAGGUGGAGAUCAAGGUCUAUAAGCAGAAGGUGAAGCACUUGCUGUACGAGCAUCAGAACAGCUUGAUGGAGAUGAAGGCGGAGGGCACCGUGGUCAUGAAGCUGGCGCAGGAGGAGCGCCGUGCGCAGGAGGGUGCCCUGUGCAGGGACAUGCGGGCACUGCAGGUGGAGCUGAAGGAACAGGAGCUGGCUGGCGAGCUGGUGGUGAAGAACCUGAGGCUGAAACACACUGAGGAGAUCACCAAGAUCCGCAAGGACUUUGAGCGGCAGGUGCGAGAAAUCGAGGCCAAGUACGAUAAGAAGGUCAGGAUGCUUAGGGAUGAGCUUGACCUGCGCAGGAAGACAGAGAUCCACGAGGUGGAGGAGAGGAAGAACGGCCAGAUCAGCAUGCUUAUGCAGCGCCACGAGGAGGCCUUCACGGACAUCAGGAACUAUUACAGCGAAAUCACCCUCAACAACCUGGCUCUCAUCAACUCCCUCAAGGAGCAGAUGGAGGCCAUGCGGAAGAAAGAGAGGCACCUGGAGAAGGAGAUGAUGGAGGUGUCCGCGCAGAACAGGCUCCUGGCAGACCCCCUGCAGAAGGCUCGGGACGAGAUGAGCGAGAUGCAGAAGCAGCUCGGGGGCUACAAGAGGGACAAGCAGAUCCUGCUGUGCACGAAAGCCCGUCUGAAAGUCACCGAGGAGGAGCUGAAGAGCCUGCAGUGGGAGCACGAGGUUCUGGAGCAGCGCUUCAUCCAGGUGCAGCAGGAGAGGGACGGGCUGUACCGGAAGUUCACCGCAGCCAUCCUGGAGGUGCAGCAGAAGGUGGGCCUCAAGAACCUCGUCUUGGAGCGCAAGGUACAGGCCCUGGCCACCGCGGUGGAGAAGAAGGAGGUGCAGUUCAACGAGGUGCUGGCGGCCUCCAACCUGGACCCUGCGGCCCUGACCCUCGUGUCCCGCAAGCUGGAGGACGUUCUGGAAUCGAAGAACAGCACCAUCAAGGACUUGCAGUACGAGCUGGCCCGGGUCUGCAAGGCCCACAAUGACUUGCUGCGUACCUAUGAGGCGAAGCUCCUGGCCUUUGGGGUCCCCCUGGACAACGUGGGCUUCAAGCCCCUGGAGACAGCCGUGAUCGGCCAGACGCUGGGCCAGGGCCCCGCAGGACUCGUGGGCACCCCAACGUAGCCCCUGCCCGGGGCCACUGCCCGGAUGACACCCACCUCACGCACCGAGGACGGCAGGUAUUCGUUUUGUAGACGUGCGUCGUCAGCAAAUGAAGGUUUUCACAAGUGCUGCGUGUCCUGUUGCGUGGCUGUGUGGAGAGGCGCCCCCAGGGCCCACGAUGCCGUCCGGCCCCUUCCCCGAGCCCACCAGCUCUGUGCGCACACCCGCCCCCAUCCCACCUGGGGCUGGGCAGCUCCAGCCGAGCGUGCCUAGUGACCGCAGCCGCCUCGCAGAUGCCAGCAGCAACUUUAUUGAAGCCCGAGUGACAGCUGCCACUGGGGAAUCGGGGCCAGAACGUCCCCGGGAAGUGUGACCCUGGUGCCCGUGAGCAACAAGCCUGCCCUGCUGGUCGGGGGCGGCUCAGCCUGCCGUGGUGACGGGUCCGGGCUCGCAGGCCGGCUGCCGGUCAGCCGCUAGCUCCCUCGGUACGUGGUAUAAGACCACGGGCUCAGCAGCAGCGGCACGUGGAACUUGUGGGUCUCGUUUGUGAUGGUGAAAACGACCUGCGGGCAGAGGGGACACCGGGGGAGCCAGGGGCCAGCAUGGAGCGCACUCAGCCUGGCCUCAGUGCUGCCAUGGACUCAGCAGCCCAGACGGCUGACCUGGGGAUGCAGUUGGGGGGCAGGAGCCCCAGGGCCAGCUGGGGGGUGGUGGGUGUGGCUGGGUCCUCCCCAGAGAAAGCACUCGAUCUGAGGGGCCCUGGGCCUGCAGGUUCCCAAGGGGUCCCGCCCGAACAGGUCAACUGAAGGGGGACAGUGAGCUGGACGGGGCUUGGGUGAACCUCUGUCCGCAGGGGCUGAGUCAGCCUGACCCCGGAGCAGGUCAGGGACGGGUGUGACGUGGUCAAGCCCGGCACCCCUUUCUUCUGGGAGCCCAAAGCAGGUGCGAGGUAGUGGAGGCGCAGGGCCGGCCUGCGGGUCACGGUGAGUCAUGGGCCUCCACCCGUCUGGCCCUCACCUCCACGUACGGGUAGAAGCUCUCCUGGCCCCUCUUCUGCCAGUAGCCCUCAGUGUCGAAGGACAGCUUGUAGGUGCCCGCCUUCAUCUGGCCUGGCAGCAGGAGCCCAGGGCAGCGGCCGUCAGGGUCCGUGUAGCUGGGGAGAGAAAGGGGGGGGUCCCUGCAGAGGGGGCUGAGGAGCUCCCGGCCUGGGUCCCCCGGGGCUGCGUGCCCACCGGCCUCCGAUGUCCCCGCAGCCUGACUGGGACUCGGGUGAGCGGGCCUGGGCGGCUAUGGAGCAGGACAGCCUCCAGGACCUGGGGCUCUGGAGCAGCCCAGGGACACUGCGCACUGUUUGAGAAAUCACAGAGAAGCAGAAGGGAGAAAGUUCCCACAAUCUACCCCGUGAGCAAUAAUCGCUUUAUAUCUGGCAUGUAUACCUUUCAGAUUUUCUCUAUGUGUAAAUAUGCUCAUUUACAAACUUUAAGAACGGGUUGUACUAGUCACACUGUUUUAUAACGUGUACUUUUUGUUUAAUAUACUGCGUGUGGCUUUCUGGU